AUGGGCAAGGUAAAGAAAGCUCACCUCAAAAGCAAGAAAGCGAAAGCUAAGCAGGCAGCCAAAAAAAAGGAUGAGGACGCUGAUGUUUCGGUGGAGCCGCCGAAAGAAUCGAGCCACGACAUGAAGAGGCGUCACGCAGCUGAGCGCAAAGCACUCAAGGCGACCGUGGCAGACCUCAAGCGGCAGCGGAAGAAGCUGCCGAAGAAGAGCAAGAAGGACGACAAGAAG